GCGACCCAACCAAAACUCAAACGAAAUCAAUGUGCAAAUAAACACGAAUAUUCACUCCGCCGUUUUAUCUAGAGUAGAUUGCGAUUGAUUCUGCAGACUCGUGGUUGUGGUGGUGCGUGAUAGUAAGCCGUGACGCACGUCAGGGAUCAACAUUCCCAUGGAUCGAUAAAUUGUGCGAGUCGAACCGGCGAAACUAUGGCUCUCAACAGCGACGGCUGGGUCAGGAGAUUCCUGGUCACUGACCCGCAAAGGCACCGCCGGGGAUUCACAGUCUACAAAGUCACGUCGAUCGUUUACCCUGUAUCGUCGCCAGAAGCAGUUACGAAAAUGGUCGUCUGGAAGCGCUACAACGAUUUCAAGAAACUGCACAGAGAACUGCAGAGCAGACAUGAGAAGUUGUAUUUGAAAGGAGCCUUUCCUCCUUUUUGUAAACCUAGUGUUUUUGGCCGCUUCGAGGAGGAGGUGGUUGAGGAGCGGCGGAUGUGCGCAUUGAAACUUUUGGAGUUUGCUGCCGAGCAUGUUGCUCUCUUCACCAGCCAAGUUUUCGUGAAGUUUUUUGAGUCUGGCUACACUAUGACACACACUCACCAGCAGAAGGACGACCGUAGAGAUAUUGAGUUUUUGGACGAUUCUGAAAACUCUGAAGACCCAAUUUUACCUGAAUCUCUUUUGAAGCCAAUUAGCAACAUCCCUAGAAUGCCGUCUGUGGACUCCUCAGAAAUGCUAAGAACUGAGACUGUUUGGACCAUAAAUCCGUCAAGGAGCGACGACACAGUCAGUUUGGGUAGCUCUUUCAGCUCGGAUGAUGGCGGGAGAACGUCUGACACUGAAUCGCCGAGUACGGUCAGCUCUCCAGGAAAGAGUGAAAGUUCCAAGGAUCUCUUAUCUUUCUUUGAUCCUUUGAGGCAAGCCGUAGCUUCCAAAUUCUCCGCAAAAAACGAGAACAAUCAGCAGCUUUUGUCAACAAUGCAAGACACACAAGUAUCAGCUUCAGUCGACGAUGGAACUUGCCACGGGGCAGGAUAUAUUUUUGAAGCAGCCUGCCAAGUCAGUCAAGCUCAACAGCAUGAGGCAAACGGCCACUUUGAAGGCGCUUUUGAGUCUUACAAAUUGGGAAUUGGGAUUCUCUUGAAUGGAGUGCAAGCGGACUCUGACACUGUCCGGCGUCAGGUGGUUAGGGAGAAAACCGCCAAGUAUUUGGUGAAAGCUGAGAAAAUCUACAACUGUCAUUUAUUAAACAAAGAAGACCGAGCAAAACGAAUAGCUAAAGCGGUUGAAAAAUUGCUGUGCCCGAUCAUUGAAUUGCGAAGCUUCAAAGUCCUCGGUGUUAUCGGAAAAUGCAUGCUUGUGCAAGACACAUCUCUUUCAAGUGAAGAAACUUUUGUUAUAAAGACAUUCUGGAAAUCUCCUUGCGCUUUGGCCAAAUCUGUAACAACUAUCAUUCCCCAGGAGGUGCCAUAUUUUGUGCAGUGCCUAAAAUAUUUUGAGACUGAUUCAACUAUUUUCACAGUUCUGGAAUUUAUCAGCCACGGAAAAUUGUGGGACCAGCUUGGCAACUCGAACAUGAGUUCAAAUUAUCACGUGUUUUUAAAAGCAAACCUAUCGGCUCAACAAAACUCUUCCAAUACUCACGAACCCCAACAAAAUCCUCUGUCUCCUCUUUCACCGGACAACAGCGAGGGCCUACCCCCCAUGGCCCAAGACCUCACCGAACUGGAUGAUGAAAACUGCAACACAAUGGAAGCCACUGGCGGCUCUGAGCAGCGACCUGGCCGCGUCAUCAAGCUGCCCUGGAUGGAGAUGGACACUUCAGAACUUGUGCAGAAUGCGCAGAAGCUGCUCCAGUCAGUCAGCAUCACGCUCCAGAAAGGCGACAAAGUUGAAAGCACCGCCCGUUCAGAGAAGCCUACCACGGUCCAGUACUUCCCCAAGAAGGAGAACUCCAUCGAGCAGAAAAAGGAGCUAGAAGAGAGGUCCAGGGAAAGGCUGCGUCGAUCCUCCAGCCGCAGCAGAUCCACCACAGCUCAUUUGCCCAAGAGCGGAAGGGUCAUCGAGCGACGUUACAGCUAUGACGAUUUGCUGGAUGGACGAAGCAGCCUUGAUGCCAGCGGCAGACGCAGUUCAAAGCCUUUAGAUAUUUCUAUAAAGCAGCGCCUCCCUGAAGACUGUGUGCGGGUGCUGGCAGCGCAGACCAUCAUUGCACUCGAAGCUCUGCACAGCCAGGGAAUUUUUUAUGGUGACCUCAAUCCUGAAAACGUCCUUUUGGACGAGAACGGCAGCGUCAAGCUCUCGUUUAUCGGACAGUGGCCCAACGUUGACCGACAUGUCGACUCGAAAAUGUGCAACAACAUGUAUACUGCACCAGAAGUGAGCAGCAUCCAAACCGUGAACAGCGUCUCUGAUUGGUGGAGUCUCGGCGCUAUUAUUUUCGAGCUGUUGACUGGCAAGACUCUGCUAAGCUGCCACCCUGGAGGAAUCCAUAGUCACUCUAUUCUAAAUUUCCCUGAUUGGAUUUCUGCUGAGGCUAAUUCACUUCUUACAGAGCUGCUGAAGGCAGACCAGUUUGAACGGUUGGGCUGUGGAAGUCAAGGUGUUGAGAAUUUAAAAAGUCAUCCAUUUUUCAAGAACGUUGACUGGGAGGCAUUAAUGCAACAUGGUAUGAGGAUGUUCAGUCUGACGUAAAUCUCACGGAUAAUUUUUAGUGGGAAAAACCAUUCCAUAGAUCAUAUUAUGUCAAUCCCUUCCAUUGUUGUUGUUUAUUCAUGGACCAUUUGGGUCCCUCUAGUCCCUCCAUCACGAAAAAAUCAGUUAUUACCUAUAAAAUUAUAGCAACCCAUGUCUAGUCUACCAGAAAGAGCAAUUAUUUAUGGUAAACUGUGUUAGUGUCGACAAUAUGUAUUUAACCUGUAUUUGUUAGAAAGUAUUCCACGAAGUAGAGGUACACUAUAUACCUUCUUAUUUAUGUGUAGAUGAACGUUAAUUCUUCCAAAUAGUUACACCUCUCAUCAUUCCUGACAUGAACUACUACAACUUGUUUUGUUAAGAGAAAUCAAAGAUUUUUUAAUAUCACGGUUGUCUAGUCAUGAUUAUCGAUUAAUUCAAGAUUAAACCUUCCUUGUUUCCAUCAA